CGCGAAUGAAAGACCCAAAAGUAUUCAAUCGUCUUUGCCUUUGCAGCGCAUUACCAACAAGAAUCCUAUACUAGCAACAUGGUGUCGUUCGAGGAAGCCACUGAACUCGCCAAGAAGUUCACCAAGAAGCCCACCGAUGCCGAGUUCCUGGAAUUCUACGGUCUCUUCAAGCAGGCCACCGUUGGCGAUGUGAACAUCGAGAAGCCCGGCGCUCUGGCUCUCAAGGACAAGGCCAAGUACGAGGCCUGGAGCUCCAACAAGGGUCUCUCCAAGGAGGCCGCCAAGGAGGCCUACGUGAAGGUGUACGAGAAGUACGCCCCCAAGUACGCCUAAGCCGGCAACCGAUCCAAUCCGAUCCAAUCCGAUUCCGAUUGCGGACCCCCCAUGCACCUGCCAUCACUACUAUUUAGUUGGACAAUAAAGAUUACCAGAUAUAUGAGCAAUAA